AUGCCAAUGGACCAAGUUGAAUCAAUAUCAUUUGUGACAAACAAUCUUUGCAUACCUGAUGUGCAGAGGAAACUCAAUGAAAGCAAAUAUGAGCUCCUAUGUGAGAUAGUGAGGGCCUUUCAUGAGAAGAUACCAUUUCAAAGCCUUACGUUGCUAUCUGUACCACUCCCAAAACGUCGCAAACCAAUACUAGACGAAAUUCUCAGCGAUAUCCAAUCAUUCAAAGGAGGUCUUUGCUAUACAAUUAAUACGUUUUCGAAGUUGUUGCUGGAAGCUCUGGGCUAUAACGUGUUCCAUGUAUUGAGUACUGUAAAAUUUCCGGACAAUCACAUGAUCACAAUAGCUUGUAUCAAUGGAGUCAAGUAUUUAGUCGAGAAUGGGUGUGGUUACCCCACCCUGCAACCAAUCCCACUCGAUUUCAAAGAUGAAUCUCUGGUUUACGAAAACUCGUUUAUCAAGUUCAAGUUGGUAUGGGUUAGUGAAGAUGUAAUUGAACGACGGCAGACGUUUCUAACACCAAACUCCACCUGGCAAUUUUUCUAUUCUUUUAGUAUGAGGCCGAGAGAACUUCACGAAUUUGAUGGACCAAUGAUAGUUGCCUAUACAGAUCCGAAUGCUAUUCCAUUUCAUGUCUCUUUCAGAGCAAUGAAGUUUUGCAACGGAAAAGCAAUUGGUAUUCGUGAUAUGACUUUCCUUGAAGAAGGUGACAAUCACAUACUCCACGAGUUUCCGAUCUCUUCUGAAGCUGAACUAUUGGACACAGUAAAGAAGCACUUUCCAGCGCUUGAAGAUACUGCAAGAAAAGCUCUGACAAACUGGAACAGCUCCUAGCAAUUAUACUGAAAAAAUUGACUGUCAUGUAUUGCAGUAUUAAAUGGCUAAUUGCAUGAAUGACGUUGUAUAACAGAUUAGAGGUUUGCUCUCGUUCGUUUUCCCGGCCAAUCCUAGCAAUUUUUCACGGUGCAAAUGUUUUUUAUUAUUAUUAUUUUAUUUUUUAUUUUUUAUUUUUUAUUAUUAUUAUUUAGUAUUAUUAAUUCCCAUGCUUUUUUUUGUCAGAUCGUUAAACAGUUGGAUAAUGGCAUGUCUUCGUAAAUUUGCAGUUAAUUCAGGUGCUAUAAUAAAUUAUUAUACCUGUAUGAAUUAUAGUGAUGUUGUUUUCUUCAGAUCUUCAAAGGACCAUGCAGAGACUAUAUUUAUCAACGGCCAUGGCUGCAGGUACAUCCUUGUUUAUACUAUUAGGUACAACAGAUGAAUGGAAAACAGAGUAGACUCUACCUGAGUGCGAUCUAUGGAAUCGGGAAGGCAAUUAUUAAAUGGACUCGGACAGAGUAUACACUCUUAAUUAUCUUGUAUUACAAGUGUGAUGUUUAUAGAUAAUGCUAUGCAUAAAACCAUUUUAUCCCAUGUAUAUUGUGUAACUGUUAA